AUGGAAAGCCUCUUCCACGCAUGCGCGAGAGGUUACCGAACGAGGAUUCAGUCUGCAGUUAGCUGAGGUUUGUUCCGAAAACUUGACCAGAAAGAGUGCUUUCUGGGGAUUAAAGAUGUCAACGAGUGACUUCUAUUUGAGAUAUUAUGUUGGACACAAGGGAAAGUUCGGACACGAGUUCCUGGAGUUUGAGUUCAGACCGGACGGUAAACUGAGGUACGCGAACAACAGCAACUACAAGAAUGACGUGAUGAUCAGAAAAGAGGCGUAUGUGCACAAAAGUGUGAUGGAGGAGCUGAAGAGAAUCAUUGAUGACAGUGAGAUCACCAAGGAAGACGAUGCGCUGUGGCCACCUCCAGACAGAGUGGGCAGACAGGAACUGGAGAUCGUCAUAGGAGAUGAGCACAUUUCAUUCACAACCUCCAAAAUCGGCUCCCUGAUCGACGUCAACCAGUCAAAGGACCCUGAAGGUCUUCGCGUGUUCUACUACCUGGUGCAAGAUCUGAAAUGUCUCGUCUUCAGUCUCAUUGGCCUUCACUUCAAGAUCAAGCCCAUCUAAAUGUUAAUUCUGUUUGUUUUAAUUUCUUUAGCUAAUGUUUCUGUUGUUGACGACCGCAUUUGUACAUUUGCUUUUGGUGGAACUGUUUUUUAUUUUAAAUAAAGAGUGAAAAAUCUC